AUGAUCACCGAAGAGCAAGCGAACCAACUCUACCACGAGCCCAAGAUAGGCAGCUUUGAAGCUCCAAAUGUCCACGACCAUAACACCGGCCAAACCUCGUCAGCUGUCUCAUCCACCGAAUCAAGUCCACAGCUCCGUCAAGGCGAGUGGAAGCCACAGCAUAAAUCUCGCCAGUAUAGCUUCGAUGCACAGGAGCAAAAACACAAGCUCCAGAGCAGAUUGACCGGUCUAGUGAAGGGGAAAGAAACGGGCUUCACAGAACGAGAGGGCCAUUGA